CAUUGGGUGGAGAGUGGAACUAGAACAGUCGCCUUCGCUAUCCCACCAACGCAGAGUCCCGGAGAGGAUUUAGAGGUCGCAGUCAACUCAUCCAGGAGAGACCGACCCUCAAGUAGCCUACAGUUUGCCUGGAACUCAUCUGCCCCGUCUAGAGUUGAGAUCAAGGCCAACCAAGACCAAGAUAACGCUCGAGUCGAGAGGGAUCACACGAUGAGCCUUGAAAGCUUACCGGACCUCUUCCCCCUGUACGACGACGUGGACCUGAGUCUGAACUUCACGUCGGACUACCUCCACAACACCAGCCACACCUGGGAGAUAUGCCCGCUGGCCUUCGACCGCGCGGCCCUCUUCAGGGCCACGUGCGUCCUGUACGUCUUCAUCUUCCUCGUGGGCCUGGUGGCCAAUGGACUGGUGGUGUGGGUGAACGUGCGCUCCGACCGGCAGCGGCGGCACCACCACCCCCGACACGAGACGCACCUGUACAUCUUGAACCUGGCCGUGGCGGACCUGUACGUGGUCAUUACCAUACCUUUCUGGGUGAUUUCGCUCUGGCAGGACGGGCAUUGGCCGUUUGGCCAGGUGCUGUGCAAGAUCACCCACCUGGUCUUCAGCGUCAACCUGUUCGCCAGCAUCUUCUUCCUGGCCUGCAUGAGCGUCGACCGCUACCUGUCCGUCACCUACCUCAGCGGCGGCGACCCGCAGUGCUGGCGCAGGAGGCUGGCGCGCCGGCUGGUGUGCGCAGGCGCCUGGCUCCUGGCGCUGGCGGCGUCCGUGCCCGACACGUACUUCCUGCGGGCGGUGAGGUCGUCGCACGCGCCUGACGUCACCCACUGCUGCCCCGUGUUCCCCGACGGCAGCCAGCAGGAGUGGAUGGCCGCCGUGCAGCUCAGCUUCGUGGCGCUGGGUUUCCUCAUACCCUUCCCCGUCAUCGCCGUCUCCUACGCCCUGCUGGCCAGAGCCCUCUCCCCCUCCUCCUCCUCCUUGUCCUCCACCUCCUCUCCGUCCGCCUCUUCAGCCGGGGACCACGAGCGCCGGCUGAGCCGCAAGGUCAUCCUCACCUACAUCGUGGUCUUCCUGGUGUGCUGGGCACCGUACCACGCCGUGCUGCUGGUGGACGCGCUGGUGCUGCUGGGCUUUGUGCCGCUGACGUGCGGCCUGGAGAACGCCCUGUACGUGGGCCUGCACCUCACCCAGUGCCUGUCGCUGCUGCACUGCUGCGUCAACCCCGUGGUGUACAGCUUCGUCCACCGGCACUACCGCUACGACCUGAUGAAGGCCUUCAUCUUCAAGUACUCCACGCGCACGGGCAUCGCGCUGCUCAUGGACAACUCCAACGGCGUGGAGACCAGCGAGUACUCUGCGGUGGAGAACAACCCGCCCGCACAGCAGCUGUGAGGCGUGUGUGUGUGUGUGUGUGUUUGUGUGUGUGUGUGUGUGUGUGUGUGUGUGUGUGUGUUUGUGUGUGUGCUUGUGUGUUCAAGUGUGUGUGUAACAUCAUGCUGCUUAUGAACAACUCCACCAGCGUGGUGUGUGGUGGGAUGGUGGGGUGGCUUGGGGGCGUGCAUUGUUUGGUGGCUUGAGUGUGUGUGUGUAUGCGCACGUGUGUGUGUGUCAGAGAGAGAGACAGAGAGAGAGAGAUAGGGAGAGAGAGGAGUGUGUGUGUUUGUUUG